CUAAAAUUCCCGCACGCUGUUAAACCCUUGAGUUGAGCUAUCCAAAUUUUGGGUCGCUCCGGCAGUGCAGAAGAGCGAUGGAUAGAGAAUGGGGUUCGAAGCCAGGCAGCGGAGGUGCUGCCUCCGCCCAGAAUGAGGCCAUUGACCGGCGAGAACGGUUGCGACGACUUGCCCUCGAGACUAUCGACCUUGCAAAAGAUCCCUAUUUUAUGCGCAAUCAUCUGGGCAGCUACGAGUGCAAGCUGUGUUUGACGCUACACAACAAUGAGGGGAACUAUUUGGCUCACACGCAAGGGAAACGCCACCAGACUAAUUUGGCUAAAAGAGCCGCUCGCGAAGCCAAGGAGGCUCCUGCUCAACCCCAGCCUCACAAGCGGAAAAUUGCACUUAAAAAAUCGGUUAAAAUUGGCAGGCCUGGAUAUCGAGUGACAAAGCAAUUUGAUCCAGAGACAAAACAAAGGUCACUUCUCUUCCAGAUUGAGUAUCCUGAGAUUGAAGACAACACAAAGCCAAGGCACCGUUUUAUGUCAUCCUUUGAGCAGAAAAUCCAACCUUUUGACAAAAGAUAUCAGUUUCUUCUAUUUGCGGCUGAACCUUAUGAAAUCAUUGCUUUCAAGGUUCCUAGCACGGAGAUUGAUAAAUCAACUCCCAAGUUCUUCUCACACUGGGAUCAAGACUCUAAAAUGUUUACGCUCCAGCUAUACUUCAAGUCAAAGCCACCUGAAGCAAAUAAACCUCAAUCUGCUUCUGCAGCCAAUGGGACAGCGGCUCCUGCUGCUCCACCUAGGCCUGCGCUGCCUCCACCUCAAGCUCCACCACCACCUCCACCACCUCAGGGACUCCCUCUGGCAGCUCCAUCAGGGAAUAUUCCAAGAGGUCCACCUUCUAUAUCUGGUUCCGUUCCCCCUCCGCCACCUAUAGCAAAUGGUUCUAUGCCUCCUGGUGGAACUUUGCCUGCUCCACCACCCCCAAUUGGCAGUGGCGCAAUGGCUAAUUUUACUCCUGGUACACAAAUGGGAAGACCGCCAAUGGCGCCUCCACAAGGCUUUCAAGGGCCACCUCCACCACCGAAUAUGGGUUGAUGGGUUUUUUCUCCACUUCAGAUCACAACGUCAAAGGGAAGAUGAAAUAGUUCUUUGUAUCAAAUAUGAAUUUAGUGCCUUGUAUUGAGCCUGAUUUCUUGCUGCAUGGGAAAAAAUUGAGCUUAAAUGUUGAAAGUCUAAAAAAUUAGGGAGACUUCCGGAAUUAUGGAGUGAAUAUCAAUAGGAAUCUGAAAUUAUUAGAUAACCAUUUCCAUUGUUUUUCUCGAGUUGUUUUCUCAAUGUUAAUUUGGCGUGCUUUCUGGAUU